UCCCACCCUCCCUGUCUGUGUCUGGGAGCCCAGCCAGUGCGAGCCGUGCUGUGGCCGCCAGUCUCCGUGUGAUUCGGGAAGCACACACCGCAGCACACACCGCAGCGCUCCAGUCCUUUCGCCGGCUGUGGCAGUCUGCUUCGUCGCCGAGCCGAAUACAUACUGAAAACUCCAAUCUCCACAAGCCUGAAUGCUUUUUCGCUGUGCUGCCGCUCGCAGUCCUGGUAUCCUUUUGGUUAGGCAUUGCCUUUCCUGCGAUCUGUGACUUCAUCGUCAAAUACCGCGCCUGUUUUUGUAAUUCGCGGAUUUAACAGACGGGAGAGUUGGAAAGAUGUAAACCUCCCUUAGCCUUUAGCGUAGUCGCAUAUCGCCGUGGUCUCCAGCCUGUUUUCACCAGGAGAACUGAGAUGCGUUACGCUGCGUGAGUCCGCACCGGCAGCCGGAGCGGACCGUGCCGAUCUCUGCUGAAUUACACCAACUCUAAACAGCCGUGCGAGGUAUCCAAGAUGUCAAAUCAAACCAGGUUCAAAAAGGACAAGGAAAUAAUUGCGGAGUACGAGGGUCAAGUGAAAGAGAUCCGGGCCCAGCUGGUGGAGCAGCAGAAAUGCCUGGAGCAGCAGACAGAGAUGAGGGUGCAACUCCUCCAGGACUUACAGGACUUCUUCCGGAAGAAGGCGGAAAUCGAGGUGGAGUACUCCCGAAACCUGGAGAAGCUGGCAGAGCGCUUCAUGGCCAAGACGCGCAGCACUAAGGACCACCAGCAAUACAAGAAAGACCAGAACCUGCUGUCCCCAGUUAACUGCUGGUACCUCCUGCUGAACCAGGUGAGGCGGGAGAGCAAGGACCAUGCCACCCUCAGUGACCUGUACCUGAACAAUGUCAUCAUCCGUUUCAUACAGAUCAGUGAGGACUCCACUCGACUCCUCAAGAAGAGUAAGGAGAUCGUCUUUCAGCUCCAGGAGGACUUGAUGAAAGUUUUAAAUGAGCUGUACACCGUCAUGAAGACGUAUCACAUGUACCACACAGAGAGCAUGAGUGCCGAGUGCAAACUGAAGGAAGCCGAGAAGCAGGAGGAGAAGCAGGUGGGGCGAGCAGGGGACCCUGUCUUCAGCAUCCGCAUGGAGGACAAGUGUCAGAGGCGCAGCUCCAUGAAGCGGAUCGAGAAGAUGAAGGAGAAGCGCCAGGCCAAGUACUCUGAAAACAAGCUGAAGCUGAUCAAAGCACGGAAUGAGUACCUUCUAACUCUAGAGGCAACAAAUUCCUCCAUGUUCAAGUACUACAUUCAUGACUUGUCUCAUUUAAUUGAUUGUUGUGACCUGGGUUACCAUGCCAGUCUGAACCGGGCACUGCGCACCUACCUCUCAGCGGAGUACAACCUGGAGACAUCCCGCCAUGAGGGCCUGGACAUCCUGGAGAAUGCUGUGGACAGCCUGGACCCCCGCAGUGACAGACAGCGGUUCAUGGAAAUGUACCCCACUGCUUUCUGUCCCCCGGUGAAGUUUGAUUUCCAGCCACACAUGGGUGAUGAGGUGUCUCAUAUUACUGCCCAACCUCCUGUACAGGCUGAACUUGUGCUGAGGUUUCAGCAGCUGCUGUCCCGUCUCACUACGCUGAACAUCGAGAAUGAAGAGAUCAAGAAGACACUGGAGGCCACCCUCACCACCAUCCAAGACAUGGUAUCUGUGGAAGACUAUGAUGUAUCUGAGAGUUUUCAACACAGCCGCUCCACGGAGUCAGUUAAAUCAGCUGUAUCCGAGACAUACUUCAGCAAGCCAAGCAUGGCAAAAAGGCGUGCCAACCAACAGGAGACCGAGCAGUUCUACUUCAUGAAGUUCCAUGAGUUUAUGGAGGGCAGUAACUUGAUCUCCAAGCUUCAGGCCAAGCACGAUCUGCUGAAGAGGACUCUUGGAGAAGGUCAUCGGCCUGAGCACAUGACUGCCAGCCGUGGCCGACGGAACUCUCACUCCAGAAACCAGGACUGUGGCCAAGCAAUCCCUUGUCUGGUUGAGAGCUGCAUCCGCUUCAUUAAUCUCUUUGGCCUUCAGCACCAGGGCAUAUUCCGGGUGUCCGGGUCCCAGGUGGAAGUUAACGACAUCAAGAACUCGUUUGAGCGAGGCAACGACCCACUGACAGAUGAUGAGAACAACCAUGACAUCAACUCAGUGGCUGGGGUUCUAAAGCUCUACUUCCGGGGCUUGGAGAACCCACUCUUUCCCAAGGAAAGAUUCAAUGACCUGAUUUCCUGUGUCAGAAUGGAGAAUCUUUAUGAGAGAGCCCUGUACAUCCGAAAGAUUCUGGUGACCCUACCGAGAUCUGUCCUUGUACUGAUGCGCUACCUUUUCGCCUUCCUUAACCACUUAUCCCAGUACAGCGAUGAGAAUAUGAUGGACCCAUACAACCUGGCCAUCUGCUUCGGACCCACACUGAUGCCCACCCCCGACAUCCAGGACCAGGUGUCCUGCCAGGCACAUGUCAACGAGGUUGUCAAGACCAUCAUCAUCCACCAUGAGACUAUAUUUCCUGACUCCAAGGAGCUGGAAGGACCUGUGUAUGAGAAGUGUAUGGCAGGGGGUGACUACUGUGAUAGUCCCUAUAGUGAGCAUGGCGCACUUGAUGAGUUGGACCAGGAUGGGGACACACAUACAAGCGAGGAUGACAGUGAGCCCAUUGAAGCCAUUGCCAAGUUUGACUACAUGGGCCGCUCAGCCCGCGAGCUGUCCUUCAAGAAGGGUGCCUCCCUGCUGCUGUACCAGCGUGCCUCCAACGACUGGUGGGAGGGACGGCACAAUGGGAUUGAUGGCUUGGUGCCUCACCAGUACAUCGUGGUGCAGGAUGUGGAGGACACCUUCUCGGACACCAUGAGCCAAAGGGCUGACAGCGAGGUCACCGAUGACAAUGGCUCUGGGAAGGACACAUGCUCGCUGAUGGACAGACCCCCGGAAAAAUAUGUCAGCAGACACAGGAAGAGGUUGGAUGCUUCUGCUCGUGGGCCUCCUGGACCCCUAGAGACAGACUCAUCCAGCGGGCCCUGUAGCCCAAGGGAUCUCCUGCGGGGGCACCAUACGGUAGCCCUGGACAGCCUUGGGCAGCGGCGAAGGACUGGAAGGCACGAGUCCCUCCAUAAAACAGAGAACCCUCCCAUUCGCCGUUCCCCCUCUUCAGGCCAGUAUGGCUGCCUCACCGAGCCCCUUGGAAAGCCGCUAGACCCAGACACCAUCGCUCAGGACAUUGAGGACACGAUGAAUACGGCCUUGAAUGAGCUACGGGAGUUGGAGCUUCAAAGCUCAAGCAAGCCAGCCCCAGAUGUGGUGCUGGACACGUUGGAGCAAAUCAAGAACACCCCCCCACCUGCCAGUCUGCCACCUCACAGUCCCCUCCGCAGCCUGCUCCUGCGCCCGUCAGAGGCAGCAACCCCAUACCGUGGCCCUGGCUCGUCGUCCGACUCCUUGGCCACCUACAGGCCCGCCGUGGCUCCCCGCAUGGGAGUCCAGCUCAGGCCCCCUAUUCUGCGGCCCAAGCCGCUGGUGCUUCCCAGGCCAGGUACAUCCCAGCCAACGGUCCCCUCUCUGCAAGGGUCUCUGGACAAGACCUGCACUAUGUGACUCCUCCCCCAGUCACUUUGGAAUGAUCCACAUUUAUCCCUGUCGUUGAAGUCAUUGGUCACAAGCUGAAUUAGGCAUUUCUAAACUGCUUAGAUAAAGGGAGAAGAGGCACUACAAUGUCUAUUAUAAGUUAAUGAAAGAAUGUAUCAGAUGACAGAUAUGUCUCCUGUUAUAAUUGAAUUUGUAAAUCUGUCUACAGGGGAUUAUAAUAUUGCUUUGUUAGCCACCAUAGUGAGAGUAUUUAUUUUAUGUGCAAGAAAUAGUUAUAAAGGUGUCUUUUGGAGAAUAGUUUAAACUUAGCAUAUUAUAAAUACAUAUUACAUAAAUACAAAUUACAAAUAUCACUGUAUUACAGCAAAACAAUUCUAGUUAAAAUACAAUAAGGAACACAUCACAAAGGUUUCCUAUAUGGAUAGGUGACUUCUCAGUGGUAGGUGUAACGAGAGUUCCCCCUCCCUUGGUGUGAGUUUGAAUUGGGGUAUUGUAGAAAAUGUUGUCUAUUAUUCUAAAUAUGUUAGAAUGAACUGUAAAGCUGCCAUUUAUGAUUUACACAGCCUUUUACAUGACCGCCACAUAUAAAUGAAAGCCUUUCCUUUGUCCUGAAUAAUGUUUAACAGCAUCUCGGCUAAGCAGCUCUAUAGUUGUUGGUGUAAGAUGGAUAACAAGAAGUAUGACCAGGGUAUAUUGUGCUGGGGUUAGCAUGCUAUAAGUUCUUAGUUCACGUAUGUAGUGCUCCUGUGGACAUUAAUGGCACUUCAAGUGAGAGGAACAACCUACAUGUAUAGCACAUUGAAUGCUUCAAAUGUAAUCCAGUCCCACUGUGUUAAAAAACAUACAUCACUACUGAAUCUGUUUUUCACUCCAGAUUAUACUUGCCUUGUUUUAGCAUAGCUUUAAUGUAAUGUAUGAUCGUAUGAUCAUUUAUGACAUUAUCUUCUGGUCAGCAAGUGGAUAUAACCACUAGAAUUCCAAAUGUGUAUAGAAUGUUAUAAAGCUCCUUUCAGCAAAGAGGUUUAUCGGAGCAUUGGCCAUCCUUCGCUAGCAUCAUGUCUCAGAGUGGAUGUCCAUUCAUUUUGAUCCAUCGCUGUAUGUCAGCUGACUCAUUUCUCAGCCUGUGCAAAGCAACUAUUCAGUCACCUUUAAACCUAUCACUGCUGCCCCAUUUUGCGGUCAUUUCCCCGAAAGGAACAAUGCCGGUAGCCAUUGACUUUCUGACUGUUAUUGUCAACGUCUACGCUGUCUAACCUGUUUACUGCUAUUCGUUUCAAUAGUCUAUUGCUGUGGCGAGAUAUUGAGGACAAACUAAUCAGAUUUCCGGGUGGAUAUUUAUUUAGUAAUCACUAGUAGUGUAUAAAACUCGAAAUGUCAUCACUGUGGUAAUGCCCAGCGAACAGUAGAGUAAUGGCAAGUUAAUUUUCAGCAUCAUGGAGCCACUGUAUGGGAGCAGGCCAAGUGAGUACUGGACCACAGGUGAAAACAAGAAGGAAAAACCCAACCUCCUGUCAUCUAACAGACGGACAAAUAACCUUUUUUCUUGCAAAUAUGCACUCUCUGACUUUCCCCCUAUGUAUCUUUGUAGAAUGUACAUGUAAGUGCCUUUGGACGUCUCUUGCAAGAGUUCAUUCUAUAUAUGUAACAUUUUCACUUUAAACCACUUCUCUUGAACUGGUGCAGAAGGAACAUGCAGUAAUAAUAACAACCCACUUCUGAAAAUGUAACGAAAUGUGAACUGUAACGUUUCACAAAAUGUUAGACAUAAGUAAAUAGUAUAAGGUAAGUUACUACGAAUGCGUCGUGACAUUGCACUUUUAUGUAUCAGAGUGUAUAUGUGGCAUGUAGCAUUACAAAGAGUUGGGGGCAUUUUGGGGUGUGCUCCUUUCAAAGUGUCUGUGAAAUAAAGAAGGUGGUGCCCGCU